UUUGAUGUGAAACUGCAAAUUAUCAGGAACUUUUUAGGAGGGUGAAAAAAAGGAAAAAUAAAAAAUGUACAAUAAUCUGGUUGUAUAAGUAUGCACACCCCACCAAGACUCUGUCAGCAUGGCACAUCCUGACACGUAAGAGCACCUCCUGUGCAGAGCCUGCUUCAGAUGUUUAGCUGGAUUCAGGUCUGGGUGUGGUGUUCUUUUGGUGAUGUAGUGUUCAUGUGCCAAACAUAACUUUUGGAAUUAUGGAAUGAUUGUACCUUGUGGAAUUGGUCUCAUCAGACCAUAACUCAUUUUCCACAUGGUUUGGGGUGAUGUACUUGAGGUUGGAUGUUUUUUGUGAGAAAGGGCUUCGGUCUAGCCGCCCUAACCGUUGAUGCCACAUGCAGAGAGGAAUCAGUACACGUCAGAUGUUCCUGCAGCUCCUUUAAUGUUGCUGUAGGUCUCUUGGCAGCCUCCCUGACCUACUGCCCUAAUAUCUCCAAUAAAAUGGCAGUCUUAAAGGUGACCUUCACUAAGACGAGUCGAGGCAAGCUGGCCCAGGCUCUGUGGGUGCUGAACUGGGUCUCUGUGAUUACGGGCCUCGUGCUCUUCAGCUUGGGCCUUUUCUUAAAAGUGGAGAUCCAGAAAAGACGAGAGCUCAUGGCCGACGACGUCCAUUCUGUGCCAAACAUGCUGAUCACCGUGGGCCUGGCCGCCUGUGGCAUCAACUUCCUGGGUGGGAAGAUCUGCUACGACUGCGUGGACGUGGACAAUUUCCUGCACUGGAAGAUCCUCAUGCUGCCGUACAUCAUCUGUACCUUCUUCUUCACCUUCUGCAUCCUGGUGGAAGCUCUGAUGUGCUACACCAUGCGCAGAGACCUGGAAGCAGCUCUGUUUUCUGGUCUGCAGGACGCCAUGCACUACUACAAGGACACGGACAUGCCCGGGCGCUGUUACAUCAAGCAUAGCGUUGAUCUCCUGCAGAUCCAGUUCCAGUGCUGUGGAAAUGAUGGGUUUAGAGAUUGGUUUCACAUCCAGUGGGUCAGUAACCAGUACCUGGACAUGACCAGCAGUGAAGUGAUGAAUCGGCAGAGAAGCAACGUGGAGGGGAAGUACCUCCUGGACGGAGUGCCCUUCAGCUGCUGUAACCUGUUCUCCCCUCGGCCCUGCAUCCAGCACCAAAUCACCAACAGCUCUGCACACUACAACUACGACUACCAGACGGAGGAACUGAACCUGAACCAGAAGGGCUGCAGACACGCGCUACUGGAUUACUACACCCACAUCAUGCAGUCCAUCGGCUUCAUCGUGCUCAUCAUCUGGCUCUUCGAGCUUGCUGUGCUCACGGGAGUCCGUUACCUGCAGACCUCCAUGGAGAAUGUGCUGAAGUUAGGAAACCCCGACUCUGAGUCAGAAGGCUGGCUUCUGGAGAACAGCAUCGCGGAGACAGCCCGCUAUAACUUCAACAUCAUCAAGAACCUGGGAAAGUGCUACCAGGUGGACGAUGAUCCCAACAUCGACGUCCCGAGCAGCAGAGCGAACGUCCCCACUCAGCAAAUCCCGGUGGCCAGCUAG